UUUCAGCUUCCUUCCCUCCUUGCGCUUUCCCAGACUCCAGUUGCCCUGGCGGCUCCCUGAGCUUUCCAGCACUUCCUUCUUUUCCCGGCUUUCUCGCUCUUUGAUCUAUUUCUUUUUUUUUCUCGCCCUCUGCAACCCCCCCCCCCCCCCGCAGGACUUUUUAAAUGAACCUUAUUGUUGGGAACCGGCUCUCAACUUGGUUCCUGUAAUCCGCUCCGUGGGGUGGUUGCUGUUACAGAUUCCCGAUCCCCUGCAGCUGAUCCUAAGGGACCAACUUUAGAAUUUGUACAAUGACACCCACAUGGGCUGGGAGCCAACUCCCAGAUCCCCGGCUUGCACCCUUUCCAAAUCUUCGGUACAGAUUGGGCAGGUGACCAGGGGCCCAUUGGAACAGAAACCUGUUUGUGGUGGCACUGCUUCCCCCCCCCAAAUCCACUAUUGACUAGGAGGCGGGUGGGGGAUGUGGUGCCUUCCUUUUCCUUCCCACCUGCAGCUUUGCGUUAAAGAUUAAACACUGGCGCUCUUAUCCACGCCUGCCUUUGCAGCCAGAAGACUAACUGCAAAGGCAUCUUCCCAGUGGAGGGGGUAGGGUGGGGUGAGCUGAGAAUGGUGGGGAGAUCAUUGUAGAAGACACCCCUUCCCAAGCAUGGGGCAGUGAAUUUUGUUUUAGGAAACCCAUCGUUCUCCUGGCGGGGACCCCCACCCUGACCUAGGAUUUUUCCUGCCCGCUUCCACUCCCCCUCCUCUCAGCAAGAUAAAGCAAAGGCAGUCUGGAAACCUGUUGCCAAAGGAAGGGAACACUUCUGAAGAAGGAAGUUGAGAGUCUUAGACCAGGGUAACAAGAUGCUCAACUACAGUACUCCCAGUGCAGGGGGCUGCUUGCUGGACAGGAAGGCGGUGGGCACCCCUGCCGGCGGGGGCUUCCCCCGGAGGCACUCGGUCACUCUGCCCAGCUCCAAGUUCCACCAGAACCAGCUCCUCAGCAGUCUCAAGGGCGAGCCAGCCCCAGCUCUGAGCUCUCGGGACAGCCGUUUCCGAGACCGCUCUUUCUCAGAAGGGGGCGAGCGGCUGCUGCCCACCCAGAAGCAGCCGGGGAGCGGCCAGGUCAACUCCAGCCGCUACAAGACGGAGCUGUGCCGUCCCUUCGAGGAGAACGGUGCCUGUAAGUACGGGGACAAGUGCCAGUUCGCUCAUGGCAUCCACGAGCUCCGAAGUCUGACCCGUCACCCCAAGUACAAGACGGAGCUGUGCCGCACCUUCCACACCAUCGGCUUUUGCCCAUAUGGGCCCCGCUGCCACUUCAUCCACAACGCCGAGGAGCGCCGCGCCCUGGCCGGGGCCCGGGACCUCUCCGCUGACCGUCCCCGCCUCCAGCAUAGCUUUAGCUUUGCUGGGUUUCCUAGUGCCGCUGCCACCGCCGCUGCCACGGGGCUGCUGGACAGCCCCACGUCCAUCACCCCACCCCCCAUCCUGAGCGCCGAUGACCUCCUGGGCUCACCCACCCUGCCAGAUGGCACCAAUAACCCCUUUGCUUUCUCCAGCCAGGAGCUGGCAAGCCUCUUUGCCCCUAGCAUGGGGCUGCCUGGGGGUGGCUCCCCAACCACCUUCCUCUUCCGGCCCAUGUCCGAGUCCCCUCACAUGUUUGACUCUCCCCCCAGCCCUCAGGAUUCUCUCUCGGACCAGGAGGGCUAUCAGAGCAGCUCCAGCAGCAGCCACAGUGGCUCUGAUUCCCCCACCUUGGACAACUCAAGACGCCUGCCCAUUUUCAGCAGACUUUCCAUCUCAGAUGACUAAACCAGGGUAGGGAGGGACCCCCUGCCUACUCGACCCCGCCCAUCCUUCUUCCCCUCACCUCCCUACCCAUCUGAUUCCCUACAACCCCUGCAUUAACAAGGUUAAGCUCAACCCCUUCCCCCAGAACCUUGGAAUGCCCCCUCCCCCACCCCUAACCCUCCCCCCUAACAUAAGGACAAGUCAAUUUGUCAGUAGCUUCCUCUGGCUUGAAACCCCCCUCUCCUCGAUUUUAUAGCCCACUUACCACGCAUAACAGACAAGUCCCAUAUUUGUCAGUAGAUGCCUUUUCCCCCCUCGGCUUAAGCCUUAAGUGCCAAAUCACAAAAGAAAAAGCAGUAACAGUUUACAGAAGCAAUUUAGUGCCUUGUAAUCUAACUUUGUCACUGUGACUACAUUACCUCUUCAGCGCCAGAGGGCACCCGUGGGCCUCCCGGAGCCUCUGCCCAUGGGGAGGGGGAGGGGACCCAGAACCAGCAGCUCCCUCCACUGGCGGCCCAACUGCACCUUCCCUUACUUCAGCCUCCCACACACUUCCUCCUCCCUCUCCCCAUGACCCCCACACCCCUUUCGGGAGAGUUGUUGCCAGACUCGGGUUUUUGGGGAAACCUAUCUUGACAUUCAAAACCUUUUUCUUCCCGACCUGAACCUCUGUUGACUAAUCUUGCCUGGGUUCGUGUAGGUCUACAGGAAGGAAGACUGAAAAAGUGGAUGAAGAUUGUGAUAUAAGUGGGACUUUGUGAUUUAAUUUUUUUCUUUUUUAUUUUCUUUUUUUUUUUUUUUAAGUGGGGAGGAUGGGGAAGCUAGAUGGACUAUGAGAGACUUGAUUUUGGUGCUAAAGUUCCCCAGUUCAUAUGUGACAUCUUUAAACAAAAAAAAUAACAAAAAAAUGAGAGAAAAGCU